UACUUGCCUAUCAUCCUCUCACUAUUUUGCGCCCCUCCUGGCAAAUUGUCCACUAUCGGUAUCCCGAAUUCACUGAUGACUCAUCAGCCGACGGACAGAUAUGCAGAGAAUGCCCCGCCGGUUUCUAUAGCGACACGGACUCAGUGGACCAGCCCUGCAUGCCCUGCGUCAUCAACAACAUGCAGGAGAAAACGGGACAAACCGAAUGUGUCCCGUGCGGAUGGGGCAAAUACACUGAGGAGAUCG